CCGCCAUCAGCCCAGACAGUUACAGUGCGUCUUAUAGAGGAGAUUGGGGUGAUGACACUUCCGUCGGCGUUAUUCUUAGACCCAGUUCCCGAAGGCCAUGAGGUCAUGAAUGGGGGCGACAUAGCCUUUUUGAUCGAAAAUAAGAACUUGGGGAAAAUGGCUCUUUUUGACCUGGGCAUCCGAAAAGAUUGGUGGAACCUACCAUCGAAAGUUCGAGAUCCGCUUGCGUUUUGUGUCGGCGUUAAAGUUGAGAAGGAUGUCCCCGAAGUACUGAAAGACAAUGAUAUACCUUUGAAUGAUAUAAACGACGUCAUCUGGAGCCAUUCUCACUUCGACCAUAGAGGGAAUGUGUCACUAUUUCCGCCCAGCACUACUAUACACUACGGAAAGGAAGUAGCAGCCCUAAAGCCUGACGUCACUGGCGAGGCUGAAGCUGUAUUUCUCGCAUCGGAUUUCGUUGGACGCUACAAUAAUGAGAUUGACUUUAGCAAAUCUACCUUCAAAAUUGGAGGCUUUCCUGCGCUUGACUUUUACUGUGACGGAUCCUUCUACCUCUUGGAUACCCCGGGCCAUGAUCAUGGCCACCUAAGUGCUCUGGCGAGGACUACUAGUACAGCUGCAGGACACGAUAAAGACACUUUUAUUCUAUUGGCUGCAGAUGCAUGCCACUUCUGUGGAGUUUUGAGACCAAAUAAAUCGCAUCCGUUCCCGAAUGAUCAUUUUCCCGUCUCCAGCAUUGGCCUUUCGGAUAUCGAAAACCCGGAGGGUUUGUUAAGAAGGCACCCUCAAUUUCCGCAAUCCUCAGAUGCAACGAAUGGAGCGGCUCGCGUUAGGCCAUGGUACAAUGUCGCGACUGGCCAACUCUCUACUUUCAUAGACCCUAUUGUUGGCCAAGAUACUGCUAACAGGAUAAGAGAAGUUUUCGAUGAAGCAGACAAUGUUUUUGUUGCCAUGUGCCAUGAUCUUAGCCUAUUAAUCCAUGAUAAUGGAAAGCCGGUAUUACCCACGUUAAACAAGGCUCCGCAAAAAGAUCUCAACGGCUGGUACGAGAAAGGUUGGAAAGAGCAGUUAUAUUGGACUUGGGUCAAUCAACUG